AUGGAGGAUGAUCUUUACCCAGUUAUUGUAGAAGGUGACUGGUCGCCAGAACUCUCCAAAGUUGUUAAGAACAAACUUCAGAUUUACUUCCAAAGUAAAAAGAAAUCUCAAGGAGGGGACUGCGUCAUUCAAUACGACGACCAGACUGGCAUCGCAACAGUUUGUUUUAAAUCAUCAGAAGUAAGAAAUAGCGUACUCUCAAAGGUGGAUCAUGUUCUGGCCAUUGAUAAGAAAGAACUGAAAUUAAGACUGCGCAAGCCUAACGAAACCGAUGGAGCGCCUGAGAAUGCCAGUUCUCAACCAGUAAUUGACUGUGAUGAAGUUCCAGGGACCACCCAUCCUGUGGCUGGUCCAGACGAGAAGCUGGAAGACUCUCGUCAGACCAGUGCAGUGAUUGUGGAGAAUAUUCCAGAAAACGUCUCUAAGGACAUGUUGGGGCUCAUGGUGGAGAAAAUCUGUGACGUGGCUGAGAAGGAAUUCUCUCUAGAAUUAAUCUGUGAAUUGAGUGCAGCUGUUUUGACUUUUAAUAACCCUCACAAUUUGAUCAAGUUUCUUCUUCAGAGCAGAGACAACAGUAGGUUCCAGCAGCAUGGCCUGACAGCCCGGGCUCUGGAAAAGACUUGCUGUGUGAGGGUAGAGAAUUUACCUCCACAGGCAAAUGAAGACCUUCUGGAGCUUUAUUUUGAUAAAUGUGGUGUAAAGGUGAAAUCAGUGGACCUAAUUCCUGAUGAACAAGCUGCCCUUGUUGCUUUACAGAAGCCAGAAGAAGCAGAGCGUAUUUUGAAGGAAAACCACACUAUCUGCAAAGUCCCAGUCAACAUAUACCCAUACUGUGAGUCCUUGGGAACAGCUCUGUAUGGCAGCAACAGACCAGAGUGGAAGUUGCCUGAGCCCUUCACAGUCAAAAUCCAUCCUGCCAUCCAAAAAUAUCUAUCAGCGAAGGGGCUGAUUUCUACCAUAAAUGCUAACAUGGGGAAACACCUCUGCAAAGUGAACAUGGAUGGUGCUGAAGUACAGCUCAGUCCUCUACCAGGCCUUUUAAAAUUAAAAGAUGAAACCAGCAAGUAUAUAAAGGGCUGGAGGCAGAGCGCCUCAGAUGCCUUUAAGAACAUAAUGUGCAACUUCGAUUUUUAUGAUUGUCCAAUACACCCCACCGUGUGGGCUGCAGUGGAGAAAGAGAUCGGUCAGGAAGUGAAAGAUCAGGCUUACUUUAGUAUGGAUACCACUCAGGGGAUUUUUACAGUGGCAGGACUGACCAAAAACAUUCUGCAGCUGAGGAAAUUCGUAGAUGAGUGUGUGCAGAGAGUUAUGAGACAGAUGGAAAGGGACAAGUCCAGCACUUCAGAGGCUAUGGAGAUGUCCGCCGCCAUGUUCUCUAUGCUAGAGCAGGAAGGGCUCAAGAAAUGUGCAGCAGCUUUGAGCCCACAACUGUGCCUUACCUACAGAAAAGACAUAAACAGGCUUGUUAUCUCCGGCGUUCCAAAUGAAAUUCUUGUUGUGAAAAACUGGAUCCUUGAGAAGAAACUUGGUGUGAGGCAGAAGCCAAUGCAGUGUCAUCCCUCACUCUCUGAGUUCCUGAGAUCCGUAGACAGUGAUGAGUUGUCAAGAGAUCUGUUCACUUCUCAUGGAACUGCUGCUGUUUAUAAAGUUGAAGAUGAAAAGAUUUUUUUGAUGGGUUUCUCUGACAAAACACUUUCUGAUGCAGAGAAAAGACUGAAGACCAUGCUCUCCUUUCAUGUCAUAAAUGUUGAGGACAAAGCCGUGCUUGAAAAACCAGAAUGGAAGGCGCUUAGCUGUCAGCUGCAAGACCUCUACAACUCUCCUAAGAAGAGGGCUGUGCUCCUGAAGUUCUCUACUGAAGAGAGAAAUCGCCUCAUAAUCUGUGGUUUCACCCAGCCAGUUAUAGAAGUUAGUCAGAAUCUGGAAUGUUUUGUUAACAAACACACUCGAGUUGAGGAGGUCAUCCGUGUAAAAACCUAUGCAGUGAUGGCAUUUAUCAAAGAAAAUAAAUCACAGGACUGGAAGAAAUUUUUGAAGAGUCUUAAGGUUCAUUUUGAUUCAAAACAACCCCGGAUCAGACUACGUGGAGAACGGGUACACGUUGAGCCAGCCAGGAACUCAUUCGAGAACAUCGCAGCCUCUCUGUUUACCAAUGAGUUGACAAUCACAAAGGCAGGGGCAAGAAAAUACUUCCAGGAGCAGGGAAGCUUACUGAUAUCAAUGGCAAAGAGAGAGUAUGGCUGUAUUGUGGUGCUGCAGGAGGAUUACAUGCUGGAUGAAGAAGAGGAGGAGGUUGAGAAUAGAACAGAAAACUUUGGACAGGUAUCCUGUGAGGUGAAUACUCCAGGAGGAGUUAGAAUUACUGUCAGAAGGGCUGACAUUUGUCAGUUCAAAGCUGAUGCUGUUGUCAAUGCAGCCAAUGAAGAUCUAAAGCACAUUGGUGGUGUAGCAGGGGCACUCCUGCAGGCUGCUGGCCCCUCUCUCCAACAAUGUUGUGAUCAUUACACAACAGUUAAUGGGAGACUGCAGCCAGGUGAUGCCAUAACCACUGAGGCAGGUCAGCUGCCCUGUAAACAUGUUAUUCACACUGUUGGACCCCGUUUUUCAGACACUGACAAGAAAACAGCUAUAAUGCGGCUAAAAAAGGCAGUAAGAGAAAGUCUGAGACAAGCUGUUAUUGCAAAUUGCUCCUCUAUUGCUAUUCCUGCCAUCAGCUCAGGAAUAUUUGGCUUUCCUCUUGAGCUUUGCACUGAAACCAUUGCCACUGCACUGCGUGAAUACAUUGAGGAGCAGAGCUAUGCUUCUAUGACCUCACUAACAGAGAUUCACCUGGUGGACAACAACUCCAAUACUGUGAAUGCCAUCACUCAGGCCAUUAAAAAGGUGUUCGCUGACUGGGAUUUGAAAAUGACUAUACCCAAACAGGCUGGCCAUCGUGGACGUGGUUCACGUGGACGCGGUCACCGUGGACAUAACUACCGUGGUCGUGCACAUCGUGGAUCUGGACAUAGAGGUUUUGGACAUAGAGGCAGUGGACCUCACAGAAACUCACCAAGGGAUGAUGAGCAGCAAAGAUUUGAAAAUGAAGGAGGCAAUCAGAUGAAGAACCAGACUUCAGAUACAAAGCCAGGAGGCAGAUCUCAGGAAUUUCAAAGGUCAGGUAUCCUUGAGACUAAGCGCACAUCAGAAGGACUCAGGAUCGUCCUUAGGAAAGGGAACAUCCAGGAUGCAUUGAGUGAUGUGAUUGUGAAUACCAUCUCUGAAGACCUGGACCUCAAAAAGGGUGCCGUCUCAAAAGCUCUCUUAGAGACUGCUGGUCCACAGCUCCAGACAGCAGCAAAUACAAAGGCUGGAGCUGCCAGACUCAGUUAUGGAGAUGUUGUGGUAACAGAUGGAUAUAAGCUAAGGUGUGAGAGAGUCUUCCACACAGUAUGUCCCCCUUGGGACAAUGGUUCUGGCCCAGCUGAAGAUAUAUUGGUACAAAUUAUCAGAUGGUGCCUGAAAGAAGCCGAACAGCAGAGGAUGUCUUCCAUUUCUUUCCCAGCACUUGGGACUGGCAAUCUUGGCUUUGCUAAGGAUCUGGUGUCCCGGCUCUUUCUUGAGGAAAUCCAGAGCUUUAGCCGCAAGUCCAGCCCUCAGACUCUGCAGGAAGUGGUUAUAAUUGUGCACCCUUCAGACACAGAGACUGUAGAGUGCUUCAUCAAGAGUUUCAGAGGUGAGGCACAGGAUUCCAGUGCAAAAAGACACCGACCACAACACACAAGCUCUUCAGGUGGUCAGUCAUCCAAGUCCCAUGGUAUCUUUGGUGCGGUAUCUACACCCACUCUGGGUGUGCACUCAGUCAAAGUUGGUCACCUUACCCUGGAGGUGUCAUCUGGUGACAUCACCAAAGAGGCCUGUGAUGUCAUUGUUAACUCCUCAAAUAACACAUUUUCACUGAAAACAGGGGUUUCCAAGGCAAUUUUAGAUGCUGCUGGAUCAUCAGUGGAACAGGAGUGUUCUCAGAUUGUGAACGGGUCAAACUCUCAGCAAGACUCUGGGAUGAUACUGACCUCAGCAGGACGGCUUCCAUGUAGACACAUCAUUCACAUUGUUGGCCGGAAUGACCCCAAAGCUAUUAAAAACAUUGUGUACUCUGUUCUUAAAUUCUCUGAGGACCAGAAGUUUAAUUCUGUCUCCUUCCCUGCCCUUGGCACAGGUCAAGGUGGUGCAAACCCUUCGGCUGUUGCUGAUGCAAUGAUCGAUGCUGUGGUUGACUUUGCAAAGAGGAAGGGUCAUAACGUGAAACAUGUGAAGUUCCUGAUUUUUCAGACAUCCAUGGUGUCGGAUUUCCAUCAGAGCAUGCUGAAAAGAGAGAAGGAAGGAGUUGGGGAGCAGAAAGGUUUUUUAACCAAGUUGAAAGGUUAUAAGGUGGCAGGCCUCUUGGGAAGUCCCGUUGCAUCUUCAUCUCCAGAGGAAUCAUUUGUCAUGGCUGGUGAGGAGUUUGCUCCAGUUGUGUUCCAGCUGUGUGGAGAGAGCCCUCAAAGAGUGAGCCAAGCUAAAGAGAUGAUCAGAAGCCUGAUACUAAAGGAGCAGUUAGAAACCAAAAUUGAGGAAGACACAAUUGCUCACUUCACCCAGGAGGAGACAGACAAGUUAAAAGCCCUGCAAAAGGAGUUGACUGUUAGCAUCAAGAUGGAAAAGAAGGGCCGAAACUCUUUCAUCUUUGUUGAAGGCUUGACUCGUGAUGUGUUCAGUGCCGACCAACGCAUUCGGGACAUGAUUCGAAAGGUGGAGAAGAAAGAACUGCGUUGUCGAGAGGCCUUUCUACUUAGUAGCGUGGUGGAAUGGCAAUAUAAAGACCAGAGUGGUAACUUUGUGGGUUUUGACAUCCACACCAACUAUGACUUGGAGGAGGCUUUUGGACAAAAACAGUCACGAGUACAAAUCAAGAUCAAUACCGUGGAUUAUGAAGCAGACUUAUCACGGAAAAAGGCCAUGAGGGGAAAAAGAGAAAUUGAACUGAAAAGGAUUGACUUGACAGACAAUAAAGCAUCAGUGGCCCUUCCCAGUGACUGGGAAGACAUGAAGGGUGCCCAGGUCAUCCCGGUCACUCUUAAACCAAACUCUCAAGAAUAUAAUGAUGUGGAAAAGAAAUUCAAAAGUACUGGCUUGAGUGCUACAGUUAUUAAGAUUGAGAGAAUCCAAAACAGUUUGCUGUGGAGAAGCUAUGUGCUGAAGAAGAAACAUAUGGAUGAGAAGAACCAGCACUCAAGAAAUGAGAAACAGCUCUUCCAUGGCACCAGCGCCAGCGGUAUCGAUCAGAUCAACAAUCAUGGUUUCAAUCGCAGUUAUGCUGGCACAAACGGUGCUGUCUAUGGAAAUGGAUCAUAUUUCGCUGUUGAUCCAGUUUACUCAGCUCGGGGAUACGCUAAGCCUGACACACAGGGGCAUAAGCGCAUGUACUUGGCGAGGGUCCUGGUUGGUGACUACACUCAAGGAGCAAAAGACUUGCUUGUGCCCCCUGCCAAGAACUCAGGGAAUGCUGCUGAUUUGUAUGACAGUGUCACUGAUGAUCCAAAUAAUCCAACAAUGUUUGUGAUUUUCAAUGAUACCCAGGCUUAUCCAGAAUAUUUAAUUACAUUCCAGUAG